AUGUCAAAUUCAAUACAAUCAAUAAAAUUAGCGGUAAAACAAUUUGCUGGAGUUGGUAAAGAACCUGUUUCAACAAGGUAUCAACCAGGAGAUGUAGGUUGGGUUGCCAUAUCGACUGCUCUUGUGUGGAUUAUGAUUCCUGGUGUUGGUUUUUUCUAUAGUGGUAUGGCAAGAAAUAAAAAUGCCUUAUCACUUAUCAUGUUAUGUUUUUUAUGUAUUCCAGUUGUAUCAGUUCAGAACGGUGGCGCAUUUAUUGGAGAUUUACGAAAGGCGUUUUUUCUUAAUAUUAAUGAUAAUCCAUCACCUUCAUCUGAAGGAAUUCCUGAAUUGGCUUUCGCCAUAUAUCAAGGAAUGUUCGCUGCGAUCACCCCUGCAUUAGCAAUUGGAGCUGCUGCUGAAAGAACUCUAAAAACUUCUUGCCAACAAAAACAUGACCAAAAACCGGUGCCAAUGCAAACUACCAACCAUUAUCCAAAAUAA